CGAAUCGUGAUAAGAAACAAAUAUAAUCGAAAUUGUAGUUAAUAGUGAGAAACUUAAUGUAGGUAAAUGUAGAUUCGCAACAGCAAGAUCUUUUAAAUAUUCAUACAUGCAUACGUAUGUAGCUGUGAAUAAUUUAAUAACUUCGGAAGAGCUCAUGCUUGUGAUCCGAUAAAGCCUUUAAGUAAAAUGGACCAAAAAACGGGCUUGAACUUUGUGGAAACAGAACUACGCAAACGUGCUCAAGGCAUCUUAAAGCAAACUACAUGUCUGGCCCAUAAAACAAAUGGCCAUAUGCCAAACACGACACAAUUAACUAAAUACACCUCUGACCAUGAAACCUCUUAUAAAUACUCCAGCACAUAUCUGAUAAUGUCACCAACCACUAUGGCAGCUGCAAAACCGGCAAAUAAAGCCUACACUGUAUUAACGCACUCAAAUCGAGGUGCUUCAAUGAAUCGCCGAUUCAGUGAAAGUUCUGCGGAUGAGUUAUACAGAAGUACCGAGUCAUUCAAACGCUCUAGUUGGAAUCAAAAUAUGCACAAGGAAUUAUUGAAUAACGACAGGCAGAAGAGGAAAACCGGUUGUUGUUUCCGCUUCUGCAGAUAUGAUGAUGAUGACGAAGAUAUAGGUGGCUGUUGUUGUUUUGGCGGUGGCAGCAGAAAAAACCGCAUUAGUGACGCAAUCGAUGUCGGGAUUCGAGUAAUGCUAGUAUGCAUUUUUAUAUCUCUGGAGAAUACAAAACCCUUCAAGCGUAAAGUGCACCCGGAAGAGAUGUGGCUGUAUAAAAAUCCGCGAUCUCCUGAUAUCGUUUCAGUGCAGGCACUUUUGUUAUCAGCAAUUUUUGUUCCACUUUCUGUAACAAUAGCGCAUUUGUGGUUGACGGGCGAUCGGCGAGAUUUUCGUGCAGCCAGCUGGGUGUGGACAUUAGCGCUUGGGUUGAAUGGCCUCGUAACGAGUCUACUAAAAAUAACUGUAGGCCGUCACAGACCGGAUUUCUUUUAUCGAUGCUUUCCUGAUGGCAUCGAAGUCUUAAACAACGGCACUAAUGCAGAUGGUUCAAUGGACUGGUACAAUUGUACCGGUGAUAUAAGACAAAUAAGUGAGGGACGCAAAAGUUUUCCCAGUGGACAUGCUUCAUUUUCCUUUGUUGGUUUUGGUUUCAUCGCCAUUUAUGUGGGUGCCAAACUGCAUGCGCUAAGCGCACGCGGGCGCGGCCAAUCGUGGCGUCUAUGUGUUACACUUCUGCCAAUAAUUCUGGCGGCACUAAUUGCAGUUAGUCGUACAUGCGAUUAUCAUCACCACUGGGAAGAUGUGUUUGUCGGCAGUUUGAUUGGUCUGUCUAUUACGUAUAUAGUUUAUAGACAAUACUAUCCAUCAGUAUUCUCGAGCAGUUGCCAUCGACCAUAUUUUCGUAUUUGUGGACGAUCAAGCGAAUCAAGUAAUCAGCUAAAUUCGCAACCAAAGUUGUACGAACCCGUAUCGACUAAAGACGGAAUUGACGAUGAAAGUAUUUCUUAUGAAGAUCAAGAUGAUGCACCUAGGGAUGAACGGCGUCGACUUAUUUGAAGAUCUAAGUUUAGUUAUAAUUGGGGAUUUUCGGAAAUAUUCAUAUAUUUAGGUAUGUUGGUGCGUGUAGAUAUUUUAUUUAGCGUUAUUCGUGUAUUAUCUGUAAUAUUUUCGUUAUUUAUUAUUCAGCAUAUAAUUUGUGUUUCUUAGUUGACUGAGUUUCUUUCUAUUUCGCAUCAGAAAAUACCAUAGAAUCGUGCGAAGUUUACUUAUUCAAUACACAUUGGAUUCGGAGAAAUUAUGUAACGCUAGAUGAACAGAUACAUACAUAUAUAGAUAAAUAUAGAUUUUAUAAGAAACCGAA